AGGAAAAGAUUACGGGGAGAGAGAGAGAGAGAGAAAUUUGUCAUUUUCUUUGAUUUUCAAUUAUAACUGAGACGACGCCAGUUCCUCAAUGACUCAUGCAGACUCAGCAAAUCACAGCCCAGCAUAUACAUACAUACAUACAGAAUAUAUACGCACAAACAACAACAACAACAACAGCGAAGAGAAUUUAUUUCUUUCCCAGAGAGAGAGAGAGAGACAAAGUGGAAGAUCUGAAAAGCCAAUGGGGUGAGUAAAAAAAAAAAAAAAAGGAGAAAAAACUAAAAGGAAAGCAGCCAUAGAGUCCUUUCUAUUUUAUCACUGCUUUCAAGAAAACUUCUGCAUCAAUUUUUCCGUUACCUUUUUUUCUUUCUCAGUAAUUUUUUCUGAUGAAUUGUUCUCUUGAGGCGGCCACCUUUUUUUGAUGAAUUAUUUGAGACUUGAAUUUCUUUAAGGUGCAGAGACUGAGAGAUCCUGAACUCAAUUCUGUUUAUUAAUAUUGAAUUGAGUGCUCUGUCGUUUUUGUGGGGUUGGACUGAUUACCCCUGUUAUACUUUCUUUUGCUGCUGCCAUCAAGUGAUCAGCAUCACAUAAAAAGAGAUGGCAAAAUUGUCGCAUAUGGAUUCUAGACGAAUGUACUCCUGGUGGUGGGAUAGCCAUAUAAGUCCCAAGAACUCAAAAUGGCUCCAAGAAAAUCUCACAGAUAUGGAUGUCAAAGUUAAAUCAAUGAUAAAGCUCAUUGAGGAAGAUGCGGAUUCCUUUGCCAGGAGGGCAGAGAUGUAUUACAAGAAACGACCAGAGCUUAUGAAAUUGGUUGAGGAGUUUUAUAGAGCAUAUCGUGCGUUGGCAGAAAGAUAUGACCAUGCAACCGGUGUGAUUCGUCAUGCCCACCGUACUAUGACAGAAGCUUUUCCAAAUCAAGUCCCAUUGAUGUUUGGUGAUGAUUCGCCAGCAAGUAAUAUUUCCGGGACUGAUCCGAGAACUCCUGAGAUGCCAAUACCGAUUGGAGAAUUCACGGAUGAUUCCGAUUCUGUUGCUAGAAGAAAGGUCUUGAAACAGUUCAAUGAUUCGUCUGGGCCAGUUGAGCGUGUGAGAAGGGGUCUUAACUUUGAUGAGGCUGAGGAGAAAGAACAAAGCACUCAUAGCAAUGAGAAUAACCAUGUCAAGGAUCAAAAAUUGUCAAAAUCUGACCAGGAAGGUGAUUCCAAGGAGAUUCUACGGUUGAAAGAGGCCCUUGCGAAACUGGAAACUGAGAAAGAAGCUGGCCUUGUUCAGUACCAACAAAGUUUGGAUAAACUGUCCCAGCUUGAGACUGAGAUCUCUAAGACCAGGGAGGAUUUCAGAGUGCUAAGUGAUCAGGCAAAUAAAGCUGAAAAUGAAGUUGUUGCCCUGAAGGAAAUGCUGACCAGAUUAGAAGCUGAAAAGGAGUCUAAGCUUCAAGACUUCCAACAAUGUGUUGACAGGAUAUCUAAUCUGCAGGCUGUAAUAUCUACUGCUCAGGAGGAUGCCAAGAAACUUAAUGAAAGAGCCACUACUGCUGAAACUGAAGCGCAAUCCUUAAAAUCUGAACUUGAUAAGCUGGCUGUUGAAAAGGAUGCAGCUCUCGAUCAGUACAUGCAAUCGCUGGAGAUCAUAUCAAAGUUGGAGAACAAAUUACAACUUACUGAAGAAGAUGCCAAAGGGUUCAAAGAGAGAGCUGAAAAAGCAGAGGGUGAAGUUGAAAUUCUGAGACAAACCAUUUCCAAAUUGACUGAGGAAAAGGAGGCUGCAGCUCUGCAAUACCAGCAAUGCCUGGAGAGGAUUUCGAGUCUAGAGCACGAGCUCACAUGUGCCCAUGAGGAGGCCAAGCGCCUCAAUGUAGAGAUAGAUAAUGGAGUAUUCAAGUUAAAAGAUGCUGAAGAACAAUGUCUCCUCUUAGAAAGAUCAAACCAGUCUCUGCACUCUGAGUUGGAAUCCUUGAUGUUGAAGAUGGGGACUCAAACUCAAGAGCUUACUGAGAAGCAGAAGGAACUAGGAAGAUUGUGGGCUUGCAUACAAGAAGAACGAUUGCGCUUUGUGGAGGCUGAGACUGCUUUUCAGACUUUGCAGCAUUUGCAUGCCCAGACUCAGGAAGAGCUGCGGGCUAUGGCUUCUGAGCUGCAGAGCAGGGUGCAACUCUUGAAGGUUGCAGAGACCCAAAAUCAGAGUUUGCAAGAUGAAGUUCUGAAGGUAAAGCAGGAGAACAAGCACCUUGACGAGCUCAAUGCAUCUUCUGCUUUGUCAAUAAAGGAUAUGCAAAGUGAGAUAUCUACCUUGAUGGAAUCUAAAGGGAAACUUAAGGAGGAAGUUGAGCUUCGACUCGACCAAAGAAACGCGCUACAGCAAGAAAUAUAUUGCCUAAAAGAGGAGCUAAAUGAUCUGAACAAGAAGCACCUUUCCAUUUUGGACCAGGUGCAUGUAGUAGGCUUGAAUCCAGAAUCCUUGGGAUCAUCAGUGAAGGAAUUGCAGGACGAGAAUUCCAGCCUGAAAGAAAUUUGCCACAGGGAAACUAGUGAGAAAGCAGCUCUCCUGGAGAAGCUGGAAAUUCUGGAGCAGCUACUUGAGAAAAAUUCCCUUUUGGAGACCUCCCUAGCUGAUUUAAAUGCUGAACUAGAAGCUGUUAGAGGGAAAAUAGAAGCACUGGAACGAACAUGCCAAUCUCUUUUGCAAGAGAAAUCCACUCUUUCUGAGGAGAAAGCCAUUCUCAUGACACAACUAGAGGAUACAAACAAGAACCUGGAAAAACUCUCAGAGAAGAAUAGAGUUCUAGAAAAUUCACUUUCUGACGCACAUAAUCAACUUGAAGCUUUAAUGGCUAAAUCAAAAAUCUUAGAUGAUUCAUGCCAGUUGCUUGUAAAUGAGAAGGCUGGUCUGAAAAGUGAAAACGAUGGUUUAACUUCUCAGCUUGAGAAGACACAGAUAAUGCUGGAAGACCUUGAGAGACUUUAUGGAGAACUUGAAGGAAGAUGCAUAGGUCUGGAGAAAGAGAAUGAAUCAAGUCUUCUCAAAGUUGAAGAGCUGCAGAGGUCUUUGAAUGUGGAGAGGCAAGAACAUGCAAGCUAUGUUCAGAUGAAUGAAACUCGGUUUAGUGGUGCUGAAACUGAGAUGCGCCUUCUGCAAGCAGAAAACGAACAGAGAAAGAUAGAACUUGAUCAAAUGCUGGAUAAUGCCAUAGACAACGAAAUUAAUAUAACUGUCUUACGCAUUACAGCUCAAGAGAUGAAAGAAAAUAAUUGCUCCUUGCUUAUAAAGAAUCAGAAGCUCUUAGAGGAAUCCAGUUUGUCUGAAAAGAAGAUCUCGCAAUUAAGGCAAAACAUUUUUGACCAACAAGACGAAAUCAAAUCUUUGUCAGAUCAAUCUAGAAGUCUGAGGGCUGGGACUUACCAGUUAUUGAAGGUUCUUGACAUUGUUCAGGAAGGUGAAUGUGAGGAUAAAUCUGAACAAGACCAGGUUAAUAUCAAUCAGCUGUUAUGUAAACUUCAGAGUAUGAAGAAAUCCCUUUCCGAAGCUGAGGAAGAAAAUCUGGAGUGGACUGUUGAACUAUCGGUUCUUCUAACAUGGAUUAGACAACUUAAACUAGAUUCACAAAAUCUCGAGCUGGAAAGAAGCAAAAUAGAGCAUGAGUUCAAGGUCAAGACUCAGCAGGUCACGGUGUUGCAGAACGAGGCCCUUACACUUCUGGAGAUGAAUGAAGAAUUAAGGUCAAAAUUGAUGGAGGGAGAGUGCAAUAUGGAGGCACUGACGAAUCAGAUUGAGGAUUUGAAUAGGAAGCUAAUGGAUAUGCAAGGUACUUGUCAGGUCUUGCAAAGAGAGAAAUCAGAAAUUUCCCAGGAGAAAAGAUCUUUAAUGGAUAAUAUCCUACACCUGGAGGGAAAGAAUGAUUUCCUAGAAGAGGAAAAUUCUGCUUUGUGUGGUGAGGUGUUAGCCCUGGAGACCCUCUCAUUAAUUUUCAGAAGCUUUGCUGAUGAGAAGUGCAUGGCAUUAAGAGAACUUGGGGAUGAUCGAGAUAAACUUCAUGAUAUAAAUGCUACUCUUAUGGGAAAGCUAAGCUUGACAGAAGGGAGGUUGGAAGAAUCAAAAACUGAAAAUCUUCACCUCGAGGAGAGGCUACAGAAGACACAGGAUGAGUUGAAGGUUGUUGCAACAGCCAAAGAUCAGUUGAGUGUUGAAAUUGAAAAUGGAAAGAAGUUGUUGCAUAAGAUGGCACUACAACUUCAGGAAGCAGAAGAGAAGAUAAGUCUAGUAGAAAUUGAGAAAUUAGAAUUAAAUAGAAGUGUGGAAAAUGUGAACAUGGAAUACAAUGAGGUCAAGAUGGCUCGAGACCAACAAGAGAAUCAGAUUCUUAAACUGUCCGUAGAGAACGACCAUUUAAGCAGGGAGAAUUAUUGCUUGCGUGAAGCAAGUCAGAAACUGGAAGUUGAGCUGCACGAAUUGCAAAGUGAGCAUAAUAAUAGUAAAAUCCAAGAAGAAAAUUUGCAUAUUGAGCUGCAAAAGAAAUUAGGUGAAAUUAAUGAGUUGGAGACUCGGGCUGCAUCAGUUUUUGGUCAAUUACAGUGUUCCUUGGUCAGUCAGCUUCUUUAUGAGCAGAAGUUUCAUGAGCUCCAUGAGGCAUGCCUUGGCUAUGUAGAUCAAAAUGAAGAUCUCAAAACUCAACUGGCUGCAUUUGGUCCUGAGAUUGCAUCAUUGAAGGAAUGUAUAUCAUCCCUGGAGAACCACACCGAUAUACAUAUCAAAUUCCAAAAUCCUGAAAACGAGCAAUUGCAGGAUGCUCAAGUUACAAAUGAUGAUAAGAAAGCCUUGAUGCCAAGCACAUUCUCCGACUUGCGUGAUCUGCGGAUUAGGCUUCAAGCAAUUGUAAAGGCAGCAGUCGAGAUAAAAGAGGUAAUGGUUCAAGAAAACAAUGAUCUUCGUUCCAAGCUGGAUGCUUCAGUGAGGCAACUUGAGUUGCUACAAUCUGAGAGUGGGCGAUAUAGGAGAAAUAUGAGCUCUACAUCUGAAAUCACUGUGGCAGAUAAUGUACUACUGACAAAAGAUAUUGUGCUCGAUCAGGUAUCAGAUGGUCCAUCUCAACGUUACAACAAGAGAGAACCUGCUGAUAUGGAUAACCAAAUUGUUGAGUUAUGGGAAACUGCUGAUCCAGAUGGCACGGUUGGUCUUACCAUAGGCAAGUCGAAGAAAACCGUCUCUCCAUCCUCCAUUGGCAAUUCUGAUUUCGAUCAUGUUAAGUCGAUGAAAAAACAGAAAGGUGUUCCAACCUCAGACUCCCUGAUUGAGAAGGAGUUGAGCAUCGACAAGUUGGAGAUCUCUAAAAGAUCAACAGAUUCCCUCCAAGAAGGGAACAAGAGGAAGCUCUUGGAAAGGCUUGACUCGGAUGUUCAGAAGUUGGCAAAUCUUCAAAUUACAGUUCAAGACUUGAAGAGAAAACUUGAGGUUACUGAGCAGGGCAAACGGGGCAAAGCUGUUAUAGAAUGUGAGGCAUUGAAGGGACAGCUUGGAGAAGCUGAUAUGGCCAUCAUGAAGUUGUUUGAUAUCAGUGGCAGAUUGAUGAAAAACAUCGACAACAGGUCUUUCUCGGACUCAAAAUCCUCACUCGACUUAGAAGAUGAAGGAAACUCCAGGAGGAGGAAAGUCUCUGAGCAAGCACGAAGAAUGUCUGAAAAAAUCGGAAGGUUGCAGCUGGAGAUACAGAAAUUACAGUUUCGCCUGCUGAAACUCGACGGUGAAUUGGAAGGAAAAGCUAAAAUGUCGGAGUCGAAAAGAAGAGUUCUUCUGAGGGACUAUCUCUACGGGGCAGGGAGAACAGGCCAGAGGCGUAAAAAGGGACAUUUUUGCGCAUGUGUCCAGCCUUCAACUGUUGAAGAUUGAAGUGUUACGGCAAUUUGUAUUUCAAGAGAAAACCUUUGUUUAAUCUAGUAGCUUCUCUUUUCUUUGCUAUGAAUGUUUCUUAUGUAGUUAGUUUGUGUCUAUAUCUACAGCUCCCUCUUUAUUGAGCACUUGUACAUUUGGUCUGGAUAGCUGUACUAUAUUUUUAGAAGUUGUUUUGCCUAUAUAUUAUGCAUGCAUUGGCCUGAAAAGAA